ACACGAUAAUGCCGCUGGUAGAUCCCAUCACCAUGUCGUCAGCACUGGUAAAGGGCUCGUCGGCCCAGGCCACCGACACCAAGCCGAAAGCUGCCAUCGCCGCCGUCCCGACGUUCAACAAUGCCUUGUCCAAGGGUGUCUCUUUCGGCCGAGUAGCUGUCCUGCUGGGGCUGCUGGCAGCUCAAUUCAACGAGCUGGUGGCACAGCCAGCCCUGACGUUGCAAACCGCCGUGCCUGUCGUGGCGGUCGUCCAGGUGGCAUAUGUGGUGCUGUGCCUGCCGGCUGCGGGCUCUCAGCAGGCAAAGGCAGCCAAGAAGCCCCGUCCUGGCGAGAAGAAGAAGCCGGAGGCGGCCGGAACGAGCUCCCUGGUGACUGCUCUCCUCGCCCUCGUCCUCACUACGAUUUCAACCCCCGUUAUCCACGCUCUCUUCAUCCUCUUCGGCGCGCCGCUCCUAGACCACGUUCUGGAAACCUUCCUCUGCGCUGCUCACUUCGCCCUCCUCGGUGUCUUCCCUAUCAUCUACGCACGCGGAGUGGAUAAUCAGUCCCUGGUUGCGGUGGCUGGCGUGUCUGCGCCUCUGGACGAGACGCUGGGCGGGCUGCUUGGCGCAGUGCUUGGCGCAUGGUUGGGCGCGGUGCCUAUCCCCCUGGACUGGGAUCGGGACUGGCAGACGUGGCCGGUGACUAUCGUCUGCGGCCUGUACGCAGGCUCGUGUGUUGGCAGCUGGUUGUCAGGCACUGUGUUCUACGGCAAGCGAAUCGGCGGAACUGCGCCCCCCGCCAAGGAGGAGUAGGGAGAGGCACAGUAGGAUGGGGCAUCUAUCAUUGGGCGUCAUGUAACGGAGCGUAUUGUUGGGGAAAACAGUUGCCAUCGUGUGCUGAGGCAAGCAUUACGAGGAACUAAUCUCUGAGUUUGAGGUUAAUUGGCUUAUACACGGAUAGAGAAAAUGAUAUAGUAAUACUAUAGUAGGUAGCUAGCGGCAGUGGUUUACUUUCUAAUAGGCACGAAGCAGCUAGCUGGACCGUUAAAAUCUUUUUUAACAAUACAUGGCUGUAAUUACAGCACACCCUCCUUUUUGCGUCG